AUGGCUUCUGAUAAAUUCGCUGAGCUUUGGGUCGUUGACCCUAAGAGACCUAAAAGACGAUCAUGGCUGGUUGAUAGUAACCGCAUUGCAACCAAAAUAAAGAUUGCAUCGGGUCAGAAUGAUCCUCACCAAGUGGUCUGGAACAGCAAUCCUACAAGACACUGUCCCAACUGUCAUACGUCAUUGACAACAGUUACGUACGGAAGUUAUGACUGGCCAGGCUUGCCUGGAGGUGUGAAAUUUGAUCCCUCUGAUCCGGAGAUCAUCUGCCAUUUGCUAGCAAAAUCUGUAUUGUUGGGUUUUUUCUCCCACCCUUUCAUUAUUGAGUUCAUCCCAACUGUCAAUCAAGAUGAUGGAAUCUGCGUUAAGCACGAUGGAACUGUGUCCCACUUUUCCAUAGAGCUACAAGAUUUUGGGGAUGUGUGCUGGCAUAAAACAGGAAGAACUAAACUGGUCGUUCUGGAUGGUUCUGUGGGUUGUAGUGAGGCGGAACUAUCCAAAAAGCUACUGUUGCCUGCUUUUGGACUCGCAUCUUCUAACUCAAAGUAUUUGUGUGAAACCAAAACAGAGAUCAAGCUGCAGAUAAAUGGCCUGAGCGUUUGCAAGUCGAUCAGCCGGACUACAGGUUCUUCACCUGCAACAGCCCACCAAUGA